GGCCAGCCGCGAGUGUAUACGGAAGUACUGAGGUGGAGGUGGUUUGACGGGAUCACCGCACAGUUCGAGCCCCAGCAGCUCUUCUGGUCCAUGUGAAAACAUGCAGGCGGAGGGCCAGGGCUGUCGGCCAGUCAGUGACUUGGUGAAAUCCUCCGGGAGAUUCCGUGUACUUGUUGGUGUGACCGGAAGCGUCGCAGCGUUGAAGCUGCCUCUGUUGGUCUCCCAGCUUCUCCAGCUCUCUGAGGUGGAAGUAAGAGUCGUCACUACGGAGCAUGCCAAGCACUUCUUCAAUCCUGCAGAGAUUUCUGUAAAAACCUACAGCGACAAGGAUGAGUGGGAGCUGUGGACACAGAGAUCCGACCCUGUGCUCCACAUUGAGCUCAGGCGCUGGGCAGACCUUCUUGUCAUUGCUCCCCUGGAUGCCAACACUCUUGGAAAGAUUGCUAAUGGCAUUUGUGACAAUCUGCUGACGUGUGUGGUGAGAGCCUGGGAUACCACUCGACCUCUGCUCUUCUGCACUGCGAUGAAUACAGCUAUGUGGCAGCAUCCCAUUACAGCCCAGCAGGUAACCAGGCUGAAAGAGUUUGGAUAUGUGGAAAUCCCCUGCAUAUUUAAAAAGUUAGCCUGUGGAGAUGAAGGAAAAGGCGGCAUGGCAGAGGUGACAACUAUCGUCAGCGUUGUCAAGCAGUAUCUUCAGAGACUAGAUGAGUCAUCUCAGAAAAUUCUUGAAUGCCACGUCAUGUUGCAGUCAGAAGCCAACAAAGACCCAUUAAAAUGAACUACAAUGAUUUUUCAUAA